AUGUACAUUCGAAGGGUCAGAUAUUUGCUGUUUUUGUUUGUAGCAUUGGCCAGAAUUGGUACUGCUCUAGUGAUUAGCACUGAUACAACCCUGACUGGUAGUCAAACUUUCAGUGAUCCCGUUACAGUAGAGAAGGGAGCAACUUUGACAUUGGAAUCUGGCUCUCUAUAUUUGUUUAAGAGUGACUUGACUGUAUACGGUUCUUUAAAUAUCGACCUUAGUGACUCGCAAAAUGGGCUUUCACUGUCGACUACUUCUUCCUUCAUCAAUACAGGAAAUAUCAGUAUUCAUGUUGUCGGAACCGUUCUCAUGGACGUGAAGACUUUCCAUAAUUCUGGUACACUCUAUCUAACAGGAACGGUUACAAAUAGCAACACUUCACCCUUGACCAUGGGAGGAUCACAGAGCUUUAUCAACGACGGGAUAAUCGAUAUAGGUAGUCAUGAAACAGAAAACACAUCGAUGGAAGUUCAUUUGGGGGAUGGUUCUACUUCAGUACCAAUGGUGAACAACGGGAAAAUCAUAGUCAGUGGAAUUUCGCCCUUGGUUAAAGGUUUGUCCGUCGACGGGACAGAGGGCAAGAAAAUAUGGUUUACGAGACCUAUUGAAGGAACCGGGUCCGUGGAUAUAACAAACAGUACUCUUAUCCUCAACCCAGGCCAAUAUUCCCCUGAUCAAGAUGUUACAUUGCAUGAUUCUGCGAUAUUUUUAUCCAGUUCUGGUGUUACCACUAUAAGUGUUCACGGAUUGAAAAACUCGGCGGUCGCCUACUCAGAUAAAAUGUUUGUAGAUCCCACUACCAUGUCAACUACUCUCGUAAACAAUACGUUUUCUAUCAUUUUCUCAGAUGCAUCAGCACAUAUUAUUGAUCUAGACCAUGCAAUAACGGUAUGUGAUGAAAAUAGUGGGCAAGUUAACUACACUAUUUACCAGGGUGGUUAUCUUGUAGUGAACAUGUUGGGCACAGUUUUCACUGGGGCUAUUACAUCUAUACCAAAACCAAAAUCUCAAACGACCGUCCUUCCUGAUGGUCACACUGUAAAAGAGACUAGCUCAUACUACACGACACCAGUGGACGGGACAUGCGUGAUAAAAACUACAGUAAAUACAACAACUCUGCCGCCAUCGACUACCAGCAGAGUUAUGUCAUCAAGCAAGCACUCUUCCAGGUUGAGCUCAAGCGUACUAUCAUCUUCUCACAGCUCAUUGUCAAGCAGCACAAUGGGAUCCUCAAGCAAGUUUCGCUCUUUACAGAUAUCCUCGAAGAGCAGGACAACGCUUUCGUCAAGUAUAUUCCUUUCUCGGUCAGACACGUCAUCGAGCGUGUCUGGGCAGGUAUCCUUGUCCAGCGCUCCGGUUUCGUCUGGUUCCGCUGCGGUGUCCGGUGAGGAGAGAUCAAGAAGCAAGACGGUGUCUUCUGCGAGUGCAAGCCAGAGCGCUGCCUCAUCGAGGGGCUCGAAGUCAGCCACGUCAUCGAGCGUGUCAAGACGGGUUUCCUCGUCCAGCGCUCCAUCGAGCGUGUCUGGGCCGGUUUCCUCGUCCCGUGCUCCAUCGAGCGUGUCUGGGCCGGUUUCCUCGUCCCGUGCUCCAUCGAGCGUGUCUGGGCAGGUAUCCUUGUCCAGCGCUCCGGUUUCGUCUGGUUCCGCUGCGGUGUCCGGUGAGGAGAGAUCAAGAAGCAAGACGGUGUCUUCUGCGAGUGCAAGCCAGAGCGCUGCCUCAUCGAGGGGCUCGAAGUCAGCCACGUCAUCGAGCGUGUCUGUGCCGGUUUCCUCGUCCAGCGCUCCAUCGAGCGUGUCUGGGCCGGUUUCCUCGUCCAGCGCUCCAUCGAGCGUGUCUGGGCCGGUUUCCUCGUCCAGCGCUCCAUCGAGCGUGUCUGGGCCGGUUUCCUCGUCCAGCGCUCCAUCGAGCGUAUCUGUGCCGGUAUCCUUGUCCAGCGCUCCGGUUUCGUCUGGUUCCGCUGCGGUGUCCGGUGAGGAGAGAUCAAGAAGCAAGACGGUGUCUUCUGCGAGUGCAAGCCAGAGCGCUGCCUCAUCGAGGGGCUCGAAGUCAGCCACGUCAUCGAGCGUGUCAAGACGGGUUCUUUCGUCGAGCGCUCCAUCGAGCGUGUCUGUGCCGGUUUCCUCGUCCAGCGCUCCAUCGAGCGUGUCUGGGCCGGUUUCCUCGUCCCGUGCUCCAUCGAGCGUGUCUGGGCCGGUUUCCUCGUCCAGCGCUCCAUCGAGCGUAUCUGUGCCGGUAUCCUUGUCCAGCGCUCCGGUUUCGUCUGGUUCCGCUGCGGUGUCCGGUGAGGAGAGAUCAAGAAGCAAGACGGUGUCUUCUGCGAGUGCAAGCCAGAGCGCUGCCUCAUCGAGGGGCUCGAAGUCAGCCACGUCAUCGAGCGUGUCAAGACGGGUUCUUUCGUCCAGUGCUCCAUCGAGCGUGUCUGGGCCGGUUUCCUCGUCCAGCGCUCCAUCGAGCGUGUCUGGGCCGGUUUCCUCGUCCAGCGCUCCAUCGAGCGUAUCUGUGCCGGUAUCCUUGUCCAGCGCUCCGGUUUCGUCUGGUUCCGCUGCGGUGUCCGGUGAGGAGAGAUCAAGAAGCAAGACGGUGUCUUCUGCGAGUGCAAGCCAGAGCGCUGCCUCAUCGAGGGGCUCGAAGUCAGCCACGUCAUCGAGCGUGUCAAGACGGGUUCUUUCGUCCAGCGCUCCAUCGAGCGUGUCUGUGCCGGUUUCCUCGUCCAGCGCUCCAUCGAGCGUAUCUGUGCCGGUUUCCUUGUCCAGCGCUCCGGUUUCGUCUGGUUCCGCUGCGGUGUCCGGUGAGGAGAGAUCAAGAAGCAAGACGGUGUCUUCUGCGAGUGCAAGCCAGAGCGAUGUAUCGUUUUACGGUACCCAAUCAGCUUCCUUAUCAAUAUCGUUAGAAUCCGACAGCCAAUCAGUUGAUCAUCGUUCAUCUAUCACUGCUGUUGCACCUGGAGAGAGAUCCAGAAAAGUCACUUUCUCAUCAUCGAAGGAAGCAGGGCGUGCGUCAUCUUCGACCCAUUCGAUCAGCUCCUCUCUUGCCGUCGUGUCUCCUGAGGAAAGAUCAAGGACCAGGACUGAACCUGAGGCAUCAUCCGAAACAUUCACUUCUAAAUCUAUUCCGGGUGCUGACACGUCAGGAACUUCCAUUGUUGAAUCCACAACCCUACCUGGCAGUCUGUCAACUUCACAUGUCUCCCACGAUACCCAAAUAGCUACAGGUCCUGUCGUUACAUCUACGUCAUCAGCUCUGGUCAAAUCUAUAGAUGCAUCAUUUCGUAAAAGGACUGUGUCUUCUUUCUCAGGAACUAGUGUUUCUACGCCUCCAAUGCAAAGCCCUCGAUACGGCAACAGUACGGUGCCAAGAUCUUCGAGGAGCUAUCCAGCUACAGUUCUAACCGGAGCUGGAAGCGAGACAGCUAUCGUAAGAUCCAAGACAACCACUAGACUAUCUGAGUCAUAUACGAGACAAGUGCCACAGUCAACCGAGGGUCCACAGAUAAGUACUGUGACCGCACAUCAAUACACUACAAUCGAGUCUACCGUUGUUGUAUGCGACUGUAUAAUGACGAAGUCUAAUGGGGAGUACGUCUCUACCCAUACGACAUUCCCAGUAGACUCUCCGCCUACAGGGUUGUCCGGUGCAUCGUAUACUACUACAGUUGUAAUCGCCACUCCUAAGAAGAGUGCUACAGGUGAUGGGCGUACCAGUACCGUUCAGAAUCCGGGUUCUGUGAAUGCACAAACAUCAAAGGAGAUAGUUUCAAACACUAAUGUUGCAGAACUUCCUGAAAGCACAACAACCUCAGCUAGGAGAAUAACAACCCGCAAUGUGCCCAUUUAUGAAGGUACAGGGUCAGUAUUCCAGUCCAGAAAUUCACUGGUAACCAUGUUUGUCCUAAUCAUUUUAAGUGUUUUAUAA